CGCUUUAGGAUCAUGGAUAACGACUGGAGCAGCACGGGCUUUAUCCCGUUCCUGAUCGCGCUGAACGCGAACAUGACCGUCCUGGGGCUCACGGGCAACACUGCGGACUCGUGGGCUCUGCAAUGUACGCUGCACGCACUCGCGACGCUUGAACAUGGGAACCUUUCGUGUAUUCCUGUCGCUCUCGGCCAGCCCUAUCCGUUUAUGAUGACAGAGCAACGCUUCGACAUGUGGACGACCCUGUGGGGGACGCUUGAUUGGGAUGGCGUCUUCACACCUGAGAACCUCACGUACGAAGCUGAGGGGAAUGAUCCAACCGGGGGCAACCCAUAUCGCAUCUCCAAGGGGGCCUUCAUCGAAGGCUACCCCAACACGACCUACAUCUCCCAAUCCGCACCCGAGUUCAUGAUCGAGCAAGUCUUCAAGUACCCAGGGCAAGUCUCCAUCUACGCCGCGGGCUCGCUCACGAACGUCGCCGCCGCGAUCCGGAUGAACGGCACCUUCGCGUCGACCGCGAAGGAGCUCGUCAUCAUGGGCGGCUACGUCGACCUGAACCUCAUGCAGGUGCAGAGCGCGCUCGGCCAGGACCUCGGCGCCGACAUCAACUUCAUCGUCGACCCCGAGGCCGCGCACAUCGCCCUCACCGCGGACUGGCAGAGCAUCACCAUCGCGGGCAACAUCGCGAACACGCAGUACCUGACCGCGGAGAACAUCACGCAAACAACGCUACAGUCGCCGAACUUGUACUCUGACCUCCUGGAGGUGUACUACACGGGCUACCCGCUGUGGGACGAGACCGCCGCGAUGAUCAUGGCUUACCCGGACGUCGUCGCGAGCUCCGAGGAAGUCUACAUGGACGUCUCAACCGCGUAUGACAGCCCCUUCUACGGUGGCACAUAUCUCUGGGGCUCCGACUUCGCGCCGAGCCACGCGCGGAAGGUGAACUACGUGACUGGCCUGAACACGACGGUCUUCUGGGAUAAGCUCAUGGGGACGCUCAGCAACCCGAAGCAGUGUGUGGCCGGCGUCCCGCAGUUCGUGUGAGAGUGUGCGGUGGCCCGUCGGUCUUGGCAGGACGUGCAGUCCGGGACGGUGUUCUGCACACAUGGUAAUCAAGGAUCAAACGUCUGUAUUUGACGAAAUGAGACGAAUAGUAAUGCGAUCGAGUAGUGAACGGUUGUCUUCGGCAGCUACGGGUAAGAAACGUGAAGAACAACGAAUACCGAGUUGACCGAGUUGAAGACUCCACAGUCCCGUAUGCACCCAUUGUUGGAGGUGGCCCAGGGAUGGCCUAGGGCCUCGCGCAAACCAGCGGAACCGCUGAACACAACGACAUGAGACAACCUGUUCCAGAC